AUGCUUAUCAGAUUUAGAACAAAAAAUGGUACACACAGAGUUUCUUGCCAAGAAAACGACCUUUUCGGAACAGUAAUUGAAAAGUUGUUGGGUAAUCUGGAUCCCGAUGCCGAUGUCGAUACAUUCACUGUUUGUGAGAAGCCCGGUCAAGGUACUCAUGCCGUUUCCGAACUGGUUAAUCGAACAGUGGCGGAUUUAGGGUUAAAGCACGGUGACAUGCUGCUCCUCAACUAUUCGAACAAGUCCGCUAAUGAGAAAGAUGAUGUCGAUGUUGGAAUCGGAUCCGUAGACAUUGGCAACAAGAACAAGCGUCAACACGAAUGUGGUCCGCUAAAGAUCAGAGAACUUGGUGUAGAUGAGGAACUAGAGAAAGAAGACGGCUUAAUUCCUCGCCAAAAAUCGAAAUUGUGCAAGCAUGGUGAUAGGGGUAUGUGCGAAUACUGCUCGCCUUUACCCCCUUGGGACAAAGAGUAUCAUGAGAAAAACAAGAUCAAACAUAUAUCGUUUCAUUCAUAUCUGAAGAAAUUAAAUGAAAAUGCUAAUAAGAAAGAGAACGGCAGCUCUUACAUUGCCCCCCUCACUGAACCAGAUUUCAGAAUCAAUAAGCGUUGUCAUAAUGGCCACGAACCAUGGCCUCGGGGAAUUUGUUCUAAAUGUCAACCGUCAGCAAUUACGUUACAACAGCAAGAAUUUAGAAUGGUUGAUCACGUCGAAUUUCAGAAAAGUGAAAUAAUCAAUGAAUUUAUUCAGGCAUGGAGGUACACAGGUAUGCAAAGAUAUGGCUAUAUGUACGGGUCCUACUCCAAAUAUGAUAACACACCUCUAGGUAUAAAGGCCGUUGUCGAGGCAAUAUACGAACCCCCUCAACAUGAUGAGCAAGACGGUUUGACCAUGGACGUCGAACAGGUUAAGAGUGAAAUGCUACAAAUUGAUAAACAGGCUCAGGAAAUGGGGCUUUCACGUAUUGGCCUAAUAUUCACAGACUUAUCUGAUGCAGGAGCUGGCGAUGGGUCUGUUUUUUGUAAAAGACAUAAGGAUUCAUUUUUUCUUUCAUCAUUAGAAGUUAUCAUGGCCGCUAGGCAUCAAUCAAGACAUCCUAAUAUAAGUAGGUAUAGCGAACAAGGAUUUUUUUCUUCCAAGUUUGUCACUUGCGUCAUAUCUGGUAAUUUGGAAGGUGAAAUUGAUAUUUCGAGCUACCAAGUGUCCACAGAAGCUGAAGCAUUGGUAACUGCAGAUAUGAUCUGCGGGUCCACCUUUCCUUCAAUGGCAUACAUUAACGAUACUACCGAUGAAAGAUAUGUACCCGAAAUAUUUUACAUGAAGUCAAAUGAAUAUGGCAUAACAGUAAAGGAAAAUGCCAAGCCUGCAUUUCCAGUAGACUACCUUUUAGUGACGCUGACCCAUGGGUUCCCUAAUAGCGAUGCGGAAACAAAUUCGAAAUUCAUUACAUCCAUCGGAUUUCCAUGGAGCAAUCGACAAGCUAUGGGGCAAUCUCAAGAUUAUCAAGAAUUAAAAAAGUAUUUAUUUCAUGUGGCUUCAAGUGGGGAUUUCAAUCUUUUACAUGAAAAAAUUUCGAACUUUCACUUGCUACUAUAUCUAAAUUCCCUACAGAUACUCUCUCCAGACGAAUGGAAAUUAUUAAUAGAGUCUGCUGUGAAAACUGGAUGGGAAGAAUCACUACUGAAGCUUGUCUCCUCGGCUGGUUGGCAAACAUUAGUAAUGAUCCUUCAGGAAAGCGGCUAA